AUGAUUGAAUCGCUUGCUGCUGCAGAGAAUCUUCCGGAGUACAAGCCUCUGACUAAAAUAUUCAAAAACAACUAUGCAGGGUGUGUUAAACUGGUCUCCGAUGGCUCGAACCAAGGAUUAACAGGGUAUCAAUCAGAUACAUACCGCUGUGAGCCUGCAGGCAAUGUGGGAGCCUUUAAUUUCCCUCCAUUUUCUCAGCCAAAAGAAAUGACUCCUGACUCUGAGUUCACAAAAAUGGUUCAGACGAUUGUGGACAAGGGUUGGCCUAUUAUGUGCCACGCCAAUGGUGACAUGGCCAUCAAACUCACUCUGGAUGCCUUCAAGAUCGCUCUCAAAGGAGAAAGUGGGAUACCGAAAAGGCAUCGCAUUGAGCAUUGUUCUCUUGUCGACAAAGAAACAUUGGAGCGCAUGAGUGAUCUUGGAAUCUCUCCUAGCUUUUUGGUCGGUCACAUUGGAUAUUGGGGCUACACAUUUAAAAAUGCCAUUUUUGAGGAGAAAUCCAACAUUCUUGGAGUCUGCCAAUCUGCUCUGCAGAAGGGGAUGAAAAUUUCUUUCCACAGUGACUGCACUGUAUCUCCCAUGGGUCCACUUCGAAUGAUGGAGCAGGCUAUCACGAGGAUCAUGGAAGAAGAUCCCGAAAAAAAUGUUUUGAAUGUAAGUGAAAGAGUUACACCCGAGCAGGCCCUCAAGGUCGCCACCAACAAUGGAGCAUGGCAGUGCCAAGUUGAUGAGUUUGUGGGAUCACUAGAAGAAGGAAAGCUGGCUGACUACGUAAUUCUCGCUGAAGACCCGAUAACUCGAGGCAAGCUUAACCCGGUUGGUAUGCGUGACAUACCCGUCCUUGAAACUUGGGUGGAUGGUGUAUGCAGGUUCAAGAAAUAACUGUUUAUGCUUGAAAAAACUACUCUUCUAGCCAAACAUUGUAGUUCUAUAUAGUUGUAUUGCUGAACUUUAGAAGUGUGCUUAUAGUAGUAGAAAACUGUUCCAGCCAGACAGAACACUUAAUAUGGGCUUAGGAUUAGUAGUUCUAUUUGUAGAGUUAUAAUUAUCAAGAGUUAUAAAAGUAUCGAACUUA